AUGCCAGGUUGGUUCAGCUUUUGCAUAUACCACAGCGCAUCCAUCCGCUUACACCAUCGUGACAUUGUGCAACUGCAUGCAGAGACUUGUGGGACUGAGAAGCAGACCGCAGGCUACAUCGACCAACCGAAUCGAGCGGAUACCCACUACUUCUACUGGUAUUUCGAGUCGCGCAGCAAGCCUAGCACCGACCCGUUGAUCGUGUGGAUUCCAGGGGGCCCGGGUGAGGGCGGCACCUACGGACUGUUGGGUGAGAAUGGGCCGUGCACCGUGAAUGAUGAUCUCUCAACCAAGGUUAACCCACAUUCGUGGACGGCGGUGGCGAACGUGGUGUGGGUCGAUCUCCCGGGGAAUGCCGGGUUCAGCUACUCAACUACCGCAGAAGACGAUGAAUCCACCGACGAACGCGUGGACGAGAGCAUCUUUUGGUUCCUUCAGGAAUUUCUGAAGAAACACCCCGAGCUUCAGGGGCGAGCAUUAUUCUUGGUUGGCGAGAGUUACGGCGGACACUUUGUGUCGUCAGCAGCACACUUCAUCUUGGCCAAGCAGCGUGAGUCUGUGUCCGCAGAAUCAAUCGCCAUUAACCUUCAGGGCAUCGCGAUCGGUAACGGACUCGUCGAUCCUGUGGAGGUUUUCACGCAUUUCGUGAACAUGACCAGUAACGUGUACAACAUCACGCUAGUGGGUGAACCUCAAUUGGCAGCAAUGGAAUCUGCACUUGCACAUUGCCGAGAUCUGAUGACCCGUUGUCAAAGCAACACGUCGAUGUGUGGAGUAGCUGGACUGUACUGUCAGCAGACGCAGCUUCUCCCGCUGCUGCGAGCUCAUCGGAAUCCGUACGACAUCCGCCAGAAGUGUCAAACUUCCCUCUCGAAUGCGACCAAGUGUAUGCUCAAGGUACCGAAGAUAAAGGCGUAUUUGGACUUACCCAAAGUCCGAGAGUUCCUCGGCGUCCACCCAAGCCGCACUGAGUGGAUCCUGUUGAACCGCACUAUCAACGCCGCCUUCUUCUCCGCGCCAAGCUUCUCGGGGUAUUUGUCCAUGGGUGGCAAACUGGCCAACCUGCUAAAUUCUGGCCUGCGCGUGUUGCUGUACGCUGGAGACGCCGACAUUCUCUGCAACAUUUACGCUACCGAGGCUACUGCGAAAAAGCUGAAAUGGAGUGGAGCCACAAAUUUCAACUCCGCACCAGAGCGUGCAUACACGACCUCGUCAGGUUUUGGCAUCCUGCAGUCGUAUUCACACUUGACAUUCGUGAAGGUUCACAACGCCGGCCAUGCAGUCCCGGGAGACCAACCCGAGCUCGCACUCGAUAUGAUCACCAAGUUUGUCCACAACGAAACAUUCUAA